GGCCCACUCGCUGCCGAGCGCCACUCUCCGUCGCUCGUCUUCCUCCUCGCGCGAGCGCCGCCAACGCCGGUUACUGUCCCCUUAGAUUCUCUCGCUCCACACCGUUUCUCCUCUCAUCACCCCACGAACGGAUUCCGCCCUUUAGCUCUCCGCGUCAUCUCCUUAAUCUUCCCCAAUUCGUAAAGGAGGCAAAAAUCAAGGCUCCGCCCGUGACGCCAUGCACACCACCUGUUCGCGCCAUUGCCUGGCCGAGCUGCUCCGCCGCCUUGGCCAGGUUCAGGCGCAAGGCAAAAUACGCUGCCCGUCGCAGCUAUCUCCCGCGCGGUUCAUGACGCGAGGCCGGAGCGUGAAGGAGCGGAGCAAGAAGAAGCGCGUGAACGACCUCGAGGUGGUCAUCGAGCGGUGCAAGGUGAUCUCCAAGGUGCUCACCGUCGUGGACGCGCUCAAGAGGGAGGAGGAGCACGUCAUACCUCUCAAGCGCCUCGAGAUCCUGCGCCCGCAGCUCGGCCUCACCAAGCCGCACAAGGUGGCCCACUUCGUGUACCGCUCGCCGCAGCUCUUCGAGGUCUGCCGUGACAGCCGCGGCGUCACGUGGGCCGGGCUCACGCCCCAGGCCGAGGCGCUCGUCGAUGAGGAGGCGCGCCUGCUGGAGGAUCACUCGCGCACGGCCGCCGAGUAUGUGACGAGGCUGCUCAUGAUGUCGGUGGAACGGCGCCUGGCCGUCGACAAGAUCGCACAUUUCCGGCGUGACAUGGGGCUUCCUCAUGAUUUCCGGGCACGAUGGGUGCACAUGUUCCCCGAGCUGUUCAGGUUGGUCAGAUUGGAGGAUGUCGACUACUUGGAGCUUGUAUCUUGGAACCCAAACUGGACAGUCACUGAGCAUCAGAAGAAUGUGGCAGCAAUGACCAGUGAUGCCAAUGCCAGCUCCAUUGUCCAUACACCUGGAGAGCUCUCGCUUCCAUUCCAAAUGAAGUUCCCACCGAAUUUUAAAAGUUACUACAGAUUUAGAGGAAAAGCUCACCAUUAUGUGAAAACUGGCAACACAGAGCAGUUUCAGAAGACAACCUACCUAUCCCCUUAUGCAGAGGCAAGAGAAUUGACCCCUGGUUCACAGGAGUUUGACAAGAGGGCAGUCGCAGUGAUGCACGAGAUACUGAGCUUCACAUUGGAGAAGAGGCUGGUAACCGACCACCUCACGCAUUUCCGUCGUGAGUUUGUUAUGCCACAGAAGCUGAUGAGGUUGCUACUGAAGCAUUACGGUGUAUUUUAUGUGUCUGAGAGGGGGAAGCGGCUGAGCGUGUUCUUGAUGGAGGCAUAUGAUGGGACGGAGUUGAUAAAAAAGGCCCCAUUGGUGCGGUGGAAAGAGAAAGUCCUUCAACUUACCGGUUAUAGAGGAAAGAACAAGAAUAUUGGAAAACAUCAUGAGUCGUCUGAUUCAGAGGACUAUUUGUUCGGUGGUGGUGGUGGUGCUGCUGAUGAUGAUAACGAUGCUGUAUUAGAUGUCGAAAGUGAAGAUUCAGAUGGUGUCUUGGAUGAUGGCACUCUUACAGAUGGUUCUGAGAUGGAUUUAGGGGAUCUAAGUGAUUAUACAGAGGGUGGGUCAGUAACAUCCAGUUAGUAAACUAAUAGAAAGAACAUUUUCCUGUUUUUGGUUCCUGAGCAUUAAGCGCAGAAUUGAUUGUGAUCAUUACUUCCAAGUCAGAGCUAUGCUUGGUUUCUGCCUUGAUGCGUAAAUGCAUAUUUGUUCCCGCUCAAGACUUGCUUGGAGGCUUGGUGUUUGGUAUUUGCUGUCUCAAGCUUAAUCACAAUUAAUCAGACUGGAAAUGUCAGGCUUGGGUUGCUUAUUUCUUAUGCAGAUCAACUGGUUCUGCUUUUUCUUCGUAAAAGAUUAAUGUGGUGCAUCAAUACAUCAUGUACUGAUGUAUGAGAUAUCCAAGCAGCAUUCCCUGAAAGUCUGAAGCAACCCAUAGCUUUUUCUGAUUUCAGUGAUCUAGCUCCUUUUUUUCAUCUAGGCGUGGAUGAGCUUCAGUGCUUCACAACUCAGAGCUUUCUUAUGAUAAUUUUGUGGCUUACAUAUGAAAAGAAAUCUAUAUCUAAUAUUAAUUGUGUUAUGCAAAAUCCAGUGAUUUCACAUA